ACCUUGGAAGUUGUUUUUGUAAGUUUUAAAAGUUGAAUUAUUCAUUAUUACAGUUUACUGUAGGUGUAUUAUUAUUUGGAUUUUGAACCCGGAUACUGUAAGACUAUAAAGAGCACACGAAGGAUCAAAGCCGGCCGUUUUUUUGCUUAGAAAAGCUGGCCUAAAUGUACGAUGGACAAUUCUUCUAUAACUGUUCCUCAAAGCAUUUGGUCGCUUUUAAAAGCAGUGGAGGACGGUGAUGCAAAUAAAGUUCAACACUUGUUGGAGCAAAACACAGAGGUAUCUGUUGAAACGACAGACGCUGAUGGUAACAGUCUUCUUCAUAUUGCUGCUGCCAAUGGUCAUGAAGAAGUUGUUAGGAUUCUGUUAAUAAAAGGUGCGUCACUUGAUCGAUCUAAUUCAUUUGGUUGGACACCUCUAAUGCAGGCAGCUCGAUAUGGGAAUGAAAGUGUUGCCCACUAUUUAUUGAACAAUAAAGCAAAGAUCAACGUGACCACUCCUAUGGGAAUCUCUGCAUUGACACUUGCAACUUAUGGCGGGCACACAAAGAUGAUUGAACUCUUCAUGAACCAUGAUGUUUUGGCCGACGAUUCCGAAUCCGUUCCGUACUUCACCUCACCACUAGCUGUCGCUACAAUGCAGGGCCGCGACGAUAAUCUGAAGAAAUUGCUUAAGAAGGGAAUUCCCCCAGACCAAUACUUCAAGUUCACCGACUGGACACCAUUGAUGAUUGCUGCAUUGACUGGUCAACUGCCAAUGGCAAAGUUGCUUGUAGAGAAAGGAGCAAACCCCAACUUUAAGAACAAACAAGGUAAAACUGCCCUUGAGAUUGCUACUGACUGCGAGAUGAAGGAAGUGAGGGGGUAUCUUGAUCAUAGAACUACAGACAAGCCUGCAAGAGUUACUGAGAGUGGUGAGAGCAUCAUUGCUGCUGUGAAGAAAGGUGACUACCAGAAAGUGUUCAGCCUUUUAGAAGCAGAUGGUGGAAAGGCAAACAAAGCUUCAUCUGAUGGAGCGACACCAUUGAUGUAUGCAUCCAUCACUGGGCAACUUAACCUUAUCAAGCUACUGUUGGAUUACAAUGCUGAUAUUGAUGCAAGGGAUUAUGAGAAUGGUUGGACAGCAUUGAUGCAGGCAACUUAUUAUGGCAAAACUCAAGCAGCAAUCUACUUGAUAAGAAGAGGUGCAAAUGUUGGGAUACAAGCUCACAAUGGAGUUACUGCAUUUGAUAUGGCUAUGCUAAUAAACCUAAACGACACAACAUUGUUUCGAUUACUUGCUGAGAAAGUAAUGCAAGGUUACAGCAAUGAUGAAGGUGGUGGAUGUGAAUCUACACAACUAACCAAAGCUUGGCAGAGCACGGGGUCAGGUUCCCUUCUCGCUGGCGCUCAGUCACAAGUUACAAAACCAACAUCAACAGCAUCAAACCAGAGUGGUGUAAAACGUAAUUGGUUGUCCAAAGUUUCCAUGAAAAUGAAGGGGAUGAAACUCACAAGGACUUUUAAAACAAAAACCUCAACAUUUGACGAAACACUUAUUGCACCAGAUGAUACAGUACCUGAUGCUAAUAGUAAAUUUGAUACGAAUGGAGGGAGCAACGUUACCAUCGGUGAUCCAUAUGCGAUGGCACAAGCGAACCAUUGCGCUCCUACCACUCACUUCCCGAUGGAGAAGUUUUCACCCGUCGUCCCCCCCUUCCAGUCAGCCACUGGAGUUGACAAACAAACAAUGUCGUCGCAGAGAAAGUUGUCCAGCUCCAAAACUUCAAUAUCUAACAGCUUAAACAGCAGUGGCGAGAGCUCUGCAAGCUUGGUUGUAGUGAGACCGUUCAAGUUCUUGCAGAGUCCAAACAGUUCAGGAAGAUACAACGGUGGUAAUGGACCUAAUGGAAGUCCUCAUUCAUCAGGCGGGGCAACUUCAGUUACAAGGAGUUUUAAUCACAAACGAAAUGCUUCAAUUGGAGUAAAGGAACCUCAUAAUACAUCAGGAGACCGACACUCUGAUACAGUACUUGCGAAUAUGACAAAAAGAAAGCAGAGAAAGAAUACGUCGUCAACUCCCAGUAGUGUGGUGGGUGGUAGCAUGAGAAGUGCUAUGUCUGCUGAACAACUGACUACUUCACUACAGAAACCUCUUUAUCGAUAUGAAACCCAGAAUCGGAAGAAAUCGAGUCGAGCUGGAUCCGUAGCUUCAUCGCAGUCCACAAGCUCCUCCAGGACACUGACUCCUCCACAGAGUCCAAAAAGCGGGCAGAGGUCGGAAAAGUCGCGAAGAUCAGAAGGAUCCCGAGGUGCGAGGAGUGUGAGGAGCCAAGGAUCUUCUUUUAGCACUCAUCCAUCACUUAGUGAGGAAGAUGAGCUGAGCGGAAUUUUACGGAAACUUUCCCUUGAAAAUUACCACCCAAUAUUUGAGGAGCAAGAAAUCAACAUGGAUGACUUCCUUACUUUGACACACGGUGACCUCAGUGAGUUGGGAAUCACACAAGAACUUCCACGACAACAAAUAUUACAAGCAAUAAAACAAAUCAACAACAGGAAGGAAAAGAAAUUAACCAACAGUCGACCUCCUCAUUCUAAACGACCUGGUUCCCUCCAUACAGUUACAAGUUGGAGUUACAACACCACACAAAUGCCACAUAUACAAUCUUAGCAUAUAUACUUUAAAUAACCGAAAGUGCAAAUAUCUCAUUCUGUAUUUACCUGAUGUUACCUGUUGGUGCCAAUAAUGUUUCUGGUGCUUCCAUAUUUUACCUAUUCUCUCUACAGUGUAUUUACUGAAUAACUUUUGUUAUGAAGUUUCUGCGAUUAAAAAUAAAUUUUGUUUCUGAACUCC